AUGAGUUUUUACCAACCUUCCCUGUCACUUUACGACAUCCUGGACGCUUUGGCUAACCAGGCAGCAGUAAGAAACCAACGUGAAAGGCCAGACGUGAGAAGAGGUACCCAUCCAAGAAGCCAUCAUGGUCAUCAUGGGAGUGGAAGACACAGAGCAGCUAUGGCAAGCCCUUACGGCCAAACAUACGGUCAAACAUAUGGCCAAUCGCCGUAUUAUUACGUGGAAAGUCCUCAAACGUCUUACUACCGGCCCAGCUAUUACGAAGAAGACGAAAGUGAGGCUCCUUACUACUGGAACGGACUGAACGCCCAGCAAGAAGCACAGCAGCAAGCCCAACUAGACGCUCAGCAGCCACCUUUUGGUUUCCUGCCCGAAAUUUUGAGGGCAUUUGCCGGUGCAAGUGGCGCGGAAGAACCUAGCGAAGGGACAGCACCAACAGCUGCAGACCAAGCCAGUGCCGCCGAAGAAGAAGUGAGACGUGCCAUUGAAAAGAACAGCGGUGAAGACAACGCUGCACCCACCGCUUCUCAAAGCAACGCGGAAGCCCAAGACAACCUUUCUGUGCCGGCUGAAGAAGAAGUAAAAGACACCGCCCGUUCUGAGGCCCCCAGCCCUGUUCCGGAACCUCUUCAGGUGUCCAAGCCUCAAGUACGCCGCAAUGCGCCAUUCUCGCCUCAGGUCAACGUCUACGACGAAGCCGACGCCUACGCCGUGGUCAUGGCUCUUCCAGGUGCAAGUUCCAAGUCUUUCAAGAUCGAUUACCAUCCUUCGUCGCACGAAUUGCUCAUCAAGGGCAGUCUGGACAAAAAAUUCGGUUUUGACGACAAAAAUGUGCGUGUUUCUGAGUUGCAUACGGGCAAGUUCGAAAGAUCCGUCAAGUUCCCCGUGAUCCCCAGAAUCAAGGACGAGGAAAUCAAGGCCACUUACUGCAACGGGCUGUUGGUGAUCAAGACUCCCAAAAUUCUCGAUGACGCCCUUCAGCCUCCACCAAGAAGACACAUCGUAAUAGAGGACGUUCCUGACGAAGAGUUGGAAUUCGAAAAGAACCCAAACCCUCCAACCGCGUUGUAA